GUAUCCUCAGAAAUAUGUUUUUAUAUGCGCUAAAAAUAUAUUUUGAUUUUGUUUUUGUAUCGUUGUAUAUCAACUUGCUAGUUUUGUGAUUAUCCGGCAUCAUUUCCAAUUCGUAUUGCAUUGAAUUGUUGCUAGGAAACGGAAACGAAUAACACAAGCCGGCGUAUGGAAAGUUCGCUGUGUUAAUUAUACAACAUUUUUAUUAAUAAAAACCCAAUAAAAUUGUUUAAAAACAAUUGAAAAAUGUCAAAAGGUAUUAUUUGCUUCGAUAUAUCUAAAAAUGAACGUUUCCAAUUGGCGGAUAACUACAAAAUGUUGCAUCGCAAACUGAAAGUGAAUUGGAAGGUUGAACAAAGCGAUGGUGAGCUGAAGAAAGAAAGACUGCAGCGUGUUGGUAUCUUUGUGCUGGCCGGCCCACAGGAUCGGUUCACCGAGGAAGAGUUUCAAGUGUUGAAGGAAUUUGUGGAAAGGGGUGGCAAAUUGUGGGUGCUGCUGGGUGAAGGUGGCGAACAGGACUUCAAUACAAAUGUCAACUUCUUUUUGGAGCAAUACGGCAUAUACAUAAAUAACGAUAACGUUGUGCGCCCACAUUACUACAAAAAUUUCCAUCCGAAGGAGUGUAUUAUCGGCGGUGGCGUAGUUUGCGAGUCCAUGUGGCGUCAGCUAAUCAAACAAGAUAUCGAGAAGGUCGAUUAUGAUUUUAGUGAUGAGAAAUAUAAAAUACACUUUCAAUACCCAUAUGGCGCGACUCUAAAUGUUUCUGAACCGGCGAAUGUGCUAUUAAGUACCGGACCUGUUGUUUAUCCGUUUAACCGUCCGCUAGCUGGUUACUACGUUAACGAGCAUGGUGGCAAAAUACUCGCCAUCGGCUCUGGCUACAUGUGGCAUGAUAAGUAUUUGCAGAAUGACAAGACAAACGAUGCGCUGCUAGAAUACUUCAUACAACUUUUGGGCGGCAAUGAAAUACAAUAUACGCACUUGGAUUUCAAUGAUGUGGAGAUCAACGACAACAAAACCUUCACCGACAUCGCCUUCAUCGCCGAUUUACCAAAAGCUUGUCUCAUAGAUUCCAUUGGCGGCACAGAAACACCCGCGGAUUUCAAACAAAUGUUCGACAUGGCAAUCUACACGCUAAGCAAUCGGCUGCUGAAGGAUGUAAUGACGACAUACGAACAGCUGAAUGUCAAAUAUGAACCGUUAAAAAUAAUUAAACCGCAAUUUGAGAUUCCAUUGCCGCCGUUACAGCUAGCGACUUUCCCACCCAUCUUCAGCGAACCCGCCGCGCCGCCACUCGAACUCUACGACCUGGACGAGGUGUUCAGCGCUGCGCGCACUCAACUCGCCAAUAUGACAAGCAAAUGUGUGCAGUCCAUUGCGGCGAAGGAUGCGCGUAGGCCGCUAAAUGCACGUGAAUUGGAGAAUUACAUAAAAGAGUGUGCGCGCAUAACGGGCAUCAUACACGAGCAUCAAGAUGUGCAAGCGCGUGAGAUACUCAAUAUACUAGCGCGGCAGAUUGUUAGUUACAAGCCCUAUGCGGAUGAGUAGUGUGUAUGCUGGAGGCGUAAUCGGAGUGGAGUUGCUUCUAAUGCACUAAGUUACAUUUGAUAAAUAUGAAAUUACCAACAACAAUGCGCACAUACAGAUAAAAAAUUUUCUUGAUUACACUUAAAUUGCAAGAAGUUGGAGUUGACACUUCUUCACUUUGCAC